AUGAACGCAGACGAAGAAGAAGCAGACUGGGGAACCCCACCCCCGCGCACGACUCCAGCGCCGUACUCUGCGGCCGACGACCCUUUCAGCUCGGAGUACGUCGAGCGGGCCGCUUCAACUCUCGAGUUGAUGGAGAUCGACCCACACCCUGCACAGUCUGCAUCGAACGUGUCGCCAUCGCACAGCACGGUCGGCCUCGGUAUGACGGUGGAUGGUCGGCUCAAAGCCCAAGCCUCCUUGAACCCCUCCGCAACCUCCUUCCACCCAACUUUCGCCUCGCCUCUCCCCGCCCCGCCUCUUAACCCCUCCGCUCUCACCUUCAGACCGCUUGCGCCCCUCCCCUCCGGCACGUCCCGUAGCGCAAAAUACGCUCGCUCCCCAGAACGCCCAGACGGACCGCCCGGACAACCCCCCACGGCCCGCGGCAUUAGCUCCUUCCAGCCCCUCGACCUCGACGAUGGAGGUUGGGGACACCCCAUCGCAGGGAACCCCCGAGCUAAAGCGGAUCGAGUACAGCCUGCUUACUCGGCGAUGGCGAUGGAGGCGGCGCGGGAUAGGAAGCGGAAGCGGACUGAGGCGGAAGAAGGGCGGGAUGGCGAAGAGCUCGUACUCGACGAGGGCGGGAAUGAGGUGACGCUGGUCCAUGUCGACACAUCCACCUUUGAGCAGCUUCAGGGUUGGACCAUGGAGAGCUGGCUGGAUGAGGCUACUGGCGACAUUGUCGAACGGUACCUUGGCGUCAGCCACACGUCCAUCUCCGUUGGGUGCAGCGCGCCCUUUAUGGAUGAGAUCGAUCACGACGAGUACGAGAAGGCGGUCGCAAAGCACUUCCUGAGAUGCGGUUAUAUUCGUCGUGUAAGCAGCAUCUGGGCCGGCCGAAAACCUGCCGUACUCGCCGACGCCGAGGGUUCAAAAGCGACCGACAAGCCGGCGCCCAAGGAUCCCCGUCGGAUUGUGUUCCUGACGUUCUACGAUCAGGUCCCAGCCAGGAGGGCAGUAGGGAUGACGGACGAUGAGCUCGUACUCGACUUUGGCGGACUCAAAGUGCAGCUUACCACCAUGUGGAGGGCAUUCGAGGCAAACGUCACCUGGGUAUUGUUCGACCGUGCCGGAGUGGGCGCUGCUCGAGCUCUCAAGAAUAACAACAAGAAGUUCGCCGAUGGCUCCAUCCGCCCCGAUUCUUCUAUGCCCCAAGCACCCCUACCUCCGACCGCCCCUUUCCGCCAACUGCCCAAGGAGGUCGUGAUACGGCUGCUUGAGGACGCGCAACAGCCGUCAAUCAGUCGGGCGCGGACCCUCAAGCCCCAGCUCACGGACGUCGGCGAGCUUCGGAACCUGAGCGGAGAGCUGCUGCGCCACAUGCCAGCGCAGUACCAGGCAGACAACCGGUUGUGGAUGGAAAACCAUUGGCGCUUUCCCACAGCCAAGUACGACCCGGAGGGCGGACCGACCAUCAACGGCGCACGCCAGCGGUAUGAGCAUGCUCGUCUCCCGGAGCUCAACAUGCGGACCUUUUCCAACUGGGAAGCCGCUCGCGGCUUGGGCUUUGGCGACGACACGAACCCCCUCUCUGAGCUGUACGGCGCACCCACCUCCGGCUCCAACUGCGCGCGCGACGCCGUCGGUAUAGAUCGCCUGGCGGCUACGCUCACCGCACCACUCUUGCAUGAGCUCGGGGGGAAGGCGUACCUCAAGCGGUACAUACCGACCGAGGCGGAGAUGUGGAAUGUGCGGGGGGGGGUCUCAAAUGCCAUGGCGCUGGAGGAGUUCAGGAAAAGUCAUCCAGGCCAGACUUGGUUCCCGUUCUAUAGUGCAGACUACACGGACGACGACCGUGGCAAGGAGGCUGUAAUGUUGAAGAAGGGCAGAUAUCAGCAGCGCUUCUGGGCGGAAGAGGACAAGCCAAGCGCGCCAUUCCGACCCCGAUACGCCACCGCUACGCCGUCACCCCCCGCAGCACCCCCUCCCCCUUUACCUCCUUCAUCUCCAUCCCCGCCGCCACAUACCUCCUCACCUCCUCCCGCGGAAUCCCUCGCUCCUCUCCCCUUCCCGUCGGACUACUCGAUAACCGCAGGCGGCUCAUUCGAGGAGGACAUGUUGCUGUACGAGAUGGAUGAGUAA